GCCUGCGGGCGACGUCCCGGGACUGGCUUUGGACCGAGAGGAGCGCUUUUCGCCCUUCCCGCUGAGGAGGCGCCCCAGGAGAAGCGCCGUCGCGCGAGGUCCGAGAAGAUGGCCAAGGCCAACAGCACCACCAGACAGCUUUGGAAGUUCCUCUGGACCGCUGCCCUCACCCUCUGCGUCCGUCUGCAGACAACAGCAGAACAGUUACAAGAGGCUUACUUCCUGCCUGAAUUUGUACUUUCCCCACAAGGAAGUUUUUUAGAAGACACUGCAGGAGAGCAGUUCCUUACUUACCGCUUUGAUGAUCAGACUUCAAGAAUCACCCAGCCAAAUGAAGAUAAAGAAAGUGGCUGGGAUGCCUGGGGAGCGUGGAGUGAUUGCUCACGGACCUGUGGAGGAGGUGCCUCCUAUUCAUUGCGGAGAUGUUUAAAUGGCAGAAACUGUCAAGGCAGAAAUAUCCGAUAUAAAACCUGCAGCAAUACUGACUGUCCUGCAGACUCUGGUGACUUCCGUGCCCAGCAAUGCUCAGCCUACAACGAUGUCAAGUACCAAGGACACUUUUAUGAAUGGAUCCCUGUCUUUGAUGACUCCAUCUCUCCAUGUGCCUUGAAGUGCCAAGCUUUGGGGAGACCUUUGAUCGUUGAGCUUGCUCCCAAAGUUCUGGAUGGCACCCGCUGUAAUGCCAAGUCCUUGGAUAUGUGCAUCAGUGGAAUAUGUCAGGCCGUAGGUUGUGAUCGACAGCUUGGGAGUCUCGCCAAAGAAGACAACUGUGGGGUCUGCUCAGGUGAUGGUUCCACCUGCCGACUGGUGAGAGGGCAAACCAAGACUCACCUUUCCUCAGAAAAAAGGGAGGAAACUAUGAUUGCUGUUCCACACGGAAGUCGCAGUGCAAGAAUUACUAUAAAAGGACCAGCACAACUUGCUAUUGAAUCAAAGACACUGCAGGGAGAUACUGAAGAACACAGUUUCAAUGUCCCUGGAAUGUACAUCAUUGAAAACACAACGGUUGAAUUUCAGAAGGGCCCAGAGAGAGAAACGAUAAAAAUCCCAGGGCCUCUUGGCGCUGAUUUCAUUGUCAAGGCCAGAUAUACUGCUGCCAAAGAUAGCACGGUUCAGUUCUUCUUCUAUCAACCCAUAAGUCACCAGUGGAAGCAGACAGAAUUCUUCCCUUGCACAGUGACAUGUGGAGGAGGUUACCAGCUGAACUCUGCAGAAUGCAUGGACAUCCGUUCCAAGCGGGUGGUGCCAGACCAGUAUUGCCAUUAUUAUCCUGAAAACAAGAAACCCAAACCAAAGCUGAAGGAGUGCAAUAUGGAUCCCUGCCCUUCAAGUGAUGGAUUUAAGGAAAUCAUGCCCUAUGAUCAUUUCCAGCCACUUCCCCGCUGGGAGCACAAUCCUUGGACCACUUGCUCAGUUUCAUGUGGAGGAGGAAUUCAGAGAAGAAGCUUUGUCUGCGUGGAAGAGACCAUGCAUGGAGAGAUACUGCAAGUAGACGAGUGGAAAUGUAUGUAUGCUCCUAAGCCCAGGGUCAUGCAAGCUUGCAACCUGUAUGAUUGUCCUAAAUGGAUAGCUCUGGAGUGGUCACAGUGCACUGUGACCUGUGGCCGAGGGUUACGCUACCGAGUGGUUCUGUGUAUUGAUCAUCGUGGACAACAUACCGGCGGUUGCAAUCCUCAACUAAAACUCCACAUAAAAGAAGAGUGUCUCGUGCCAGUCCCUUGUUAUAAACCCAAAGAAAAAAGCCCGGUUGAAGCCAGAAUGCCUUGGUUCAAGCAAGCCCAUGAAAUGGAAGAGAUCAGGACCGUGUCUGAAGAACCCACGUGA